AUGGCACUGGCAAUACUACAGGACUGGUGCGGCCUGAUGGCUGUGAACGCACAGCGCUCCCUGCUCAUCCUGGGCAUCCCAGAGGACUGUGAGGACCAGGAAUUCCAGGAGUCUGUGCAGGCUGCCCUGAGACACCUGGGCAGGUACCGAGUACAGGGCAAGAUCUUCAGAAGGGAGCUCCAAUCCAGGGUUGCCUUGAUUGAGUUCACUGAGUAUUUAAACCGAAGUUUGAUCCCCCGACAAAUACCAGGCAGGGGGGGACCCUGGACUGUGGUCUUCCUGCCCCAGGUCCCUGAUACUGAGUCACAGGAUAGACCUGAUUUCCUUGCACAGCCUCAGAGGCAAGCAGUGGCUGGCAGGGUAGGUGAGACUGGAGCUGCAGGUGAGGGAGGUGCAGGUGAGGAUAAAGCUGCAGGUGACGAGGGAGAGGCAGAUGAAGAAACUGCAAGUGGGGAAGAAGCUGCAAGUGAGGAAGAAACUGCAGGUGAGGAAGAAACUGCAAGUGAGGAAGAAGCUGCAGGUGAGGAAGAAGCUGCAGGUGAGGAAGAAGCUGCAGUUGAUAUAGCUGCAGGUGAGGAAGGAGCUGCAGGUGAAGAUGAAGCUGCAGGUGAGGUAGGAGCUGAAGGUGAAGCAGGAGGGUCAGAUGAGGAGGGAGCUUCAGGUGACACAGGAAUUGCAGGUAUGCCAGGAUCUGUGAGUAUGGCAGGAGCCGCAGGUGAGGCAGGAGGUCCAGGUGAGGAAGCUGUAGGUAUGGCAGGAGCCCCAGGACAAGCAGGAGCUUGGAACCAGCAAUGGAGACAGGCCUUGCAGCCUAUGCUAGAAAAUAUGGCCUACCAGGAACUGAGAGCCUUUUCUGGGAUGGAAGAGCCAGGCCAGGAGAAUGAGUCCUUUGAGAGCUGGCUGGACCAUGCCAACGACAUGCUGUACCUGUGGCGCCACAUAUCAGAAAGGGAGAGGAGGAGGAGGCUGGUGGAGAGCUUGAAUGGUCCCGCACUUGAUCUCGUGAGUGGCCUCCUGAAUGAAAACCCUGACAUCCCUGCGCAGGACUGCCUGGCUGCUCUGAUUCAGGUGUUUGGGAAGAAGGACAACCAAACAACUGCGCGGCUGAAGUUCGUGACUUGUGCCCAGCGGCCCCAGGAAACCCUCUUUGCCUAUGUGAUGCGCCUGGAAGGCCUGCUGCAGGCAGCCAUGGAGAAGGGGGCCAUCCAUCCCUCCACAGCAGACCAAGUACGUGCCCGGCAGGUGCUGAUGCGGGCCCGCCCCAACGAGAUGCUCUGGAACAAGCUGAGGAGAAUGCGGCUGGAGAGGAGACCUCCUGGCUUCCUGGGGAUGCUUCAGCUGAUUCGGGAGUCGGAGGCAUGGGAGGCCACUUCAACUACGAGCCAGCAGUAUCAAGUGCAACAAGGGGCCUGUGUGGGCAUUGGAGACCUGGCUGCUGUCCAGGCCGCCCCAGCCCAUGAAGAUGCUGCCCAGGCCGCCCCAGCCCAUGAAGAUGCUGCCCAGGCCGCCCCAGCCCAUGAAGAUGCUGCCCAGGCCGCCCCAGCCCAUGAGGAUGCUGCCCAGGCCGCCCCAGCCCAUGAGGAUGCUGCCCAGGCUGCCCCAGCCCAUGAGGAUGCUGCCCAGGCCGCCCCAGCCCAUGAAGAUGCUGCCCAGGCCGCCCCAGCCCAUGAAGAUGCUACCCAGGCCGCCCCAGCCCAUGAGGAUGCUGCCCAGGCCGCCCCAGCCCAUGAGGAUGCUGCCCAAGCUGCCCUUUCCAAGGAAGAUUGUGCCGAGGCCUCUCUGGCCAAUGCAGGGGCCAUCGAGGCAGGUCCUGCCACUGCCAGUCCCAAGGAGGCUGCUCCUGAAACCCGUGAUGCCACUGGGGCAGACCCUGCCCCCAAGAAGACCACCAAGGCCUCCCCUGCCACUCAGGGAGAAGAAAAUGCUCUCGCUCUUGCAGGCCUAGGUCAGGCAGGAUCCUCACCUGCCCACGUGGGCAGUGCUUUCGGGGUGGGCCCGGGAGGUCCUGGCAGUGAUCCAGAGGGCCUGGCCCAGGAAGGAGGUCAGGAGGUUGAGGAGCCCCAUGAAGAGGGGCUCAAGUCCAUCCCAGAGGAGUCAGAAAGGGAGGACAGGGCUGGGGAGAUGAGUCCCCCUGAGCCCUCCUGUGGCAUAUAG